AUGUACAGAGCUUUACGAGCCAUGGGUAAGAGAAAUUUCAGAACCGGAAAGGGUACCAACGGUGGUGCCAAGAAGAACUUUGGAAAGCGUUCCAACGAAAUCAACAGAGCCGAUUCAUGGACCGAUGCCCUUAGAGAAAAUGCCAAAUGGGAAACAUAUUAUAAGGCCAUGAACAUCAUUCCAGAUGAUGAAUGGGAUACUUUCAAGAAGCAUUGUCAAGAAAACUUGCCUCUUACUUUCAGAAUCACCGGAACUCGUGCCCACGCCAAGGAAAUCAAGGAUAACUUUGUCAACAACCAUGUUUCCAAGUUGAAAGAUGCUGAGUUUGAAGGAGUUAAAUUGACCCCAAAGAACUUGCAAUACUACCCAGAUGAAUUGGGAUGGCAAAUAGAUGUUUCCAAGGCUGUCAUUCGUAAAAACGAAGAGUUUGCCCAAACUCAACGUUUCUUGGUUAUUGAAACUGAAGUGGGUAACAUUUCUAGACAAGAAGCUGUCUCUAUGAUUCCUCCUUUAUUGAUGGAUAUCAAGUCUAACCAUGCUGUCUUAGACAUGUGUGCCGCUCCUGGUUCCAAGACUGCUCAAUUGGUUGAAGCUCUUCAUGCCAAUGAAGCUGUUGAAGAAACUACUGGGUUUGUUCUUGCUAAUGAUUCUGAUUACAAGAGAUCUCAUAUGCUUGUUCAUCAAGUUAAGAGAUUGAACUCUCCUAACUUUAUGGUUGUUAACCAUGAUGCUCAAUUGUUCCCUAGAAUUAAGCUCAACGGUGCUGCCGAAUACCUUCGUUUCGAUAGAAUCUUGUGUGAUGUCCCAUGUUCUGGUGACGGUACCAUGAGAAAGAAUGUCAAUGUUUGGAAGGAUUUCACUGUUGGUAAUGCCUUGGGAUUACAUACCCUUCAAAUUAACAUCUUGAACCGUGGUUUACAAUUAUUGAAGAGAGGUGGUAGACUUGUCUACUCCACCUGUUCUUUGUCCCCUGUCGAAAACGAAGCUGUUAUUGCUGCUGCUUUGAAGAAAUGGGGUGCUCAAAUCAAAUUGGUUGAUUGUUCAAAUGAAUUGCCAGGUUUGAUUAGACGUGAAGGUAUUAGUGACUGGCCUGUUUUUGCCAAGGAUAUGGAAAUCAGAGAAAGAGGUGCUGAAGAUGUUCCUGCCACUGUUUUCCCACCUACUGCUGAAGAAGCAAAGGACAUGCAUUUGGAUAGAUGUUUGAGAGUCUACCCACACUUACAAAACACUGGUGGUUUCUUUAUCACUGUUAUUGAGAAGGUUGACCCAGAAGAAGGUGCUGAAUCUACUGCUUCUACUGCUAACCCAGCCAAGAGAGCAGCCGCCCCUACCACUGACUCUAACAUUGAAACCGCCAAGAAGCAAAAGACUGAAGAAAAGGUUGUCCCAGUUCCUCAACGUAAGGAAAAGCUUCCUCGUGAUGCCAAUGAAGAACCAUUCAUUUUCCUCCCACCUGACCACGAACAACUUGCCAAGUGCUGGCCAUUUUACGACUUCAGUGACAAGUUCCCUCGUGACUGUACUCUUGUCAGAAAUGCCACUGGUACUCCAGUCAGAACUAUUUACUACGUAGCCCCAAUUCUUAAGCAAAUUUUGGAAAUUGAAGAACAAAAGCUUAAGAUUAUUCAUGGUGGUAUUAAAUUGUUUGUUUCUCAAAAGAACGAUACUGGUGACUGUCCAUGGAGAGUACAAAACGAAUCUUUACAAACCAUCAAGACCUUCUUGGGUGAAAAGAGACACUUAUCCUGUAACUUGAAGUUAUUGGAGAUGCUUUUCCAAGAAGCCUUCCCUAAGGUUGCUGCCAUCAAGGAAUUGGGAGUUGACCCUGAAUUUUCCAGUAGAUUGGAUGAAAUGGAAGAAGGUUGUGUUUUCUUGACUGUCAAAAGAAAUGGUGAAGAUGAAGAAGAUUUGUUCUUGCCAUUGUGGAAGGGUAAGACCAACGUUAAUUUGAUGGUCAACAAGAAGGACACUCAUGAAUUAUUAUACAGAGUUUUUGGUAUCGAAACCACCAGUAAGGAUGCUGGUAAGGAAGCCAUCUACCAAAAGAAGUUGGAAGUAAUCAAGGCUGCCCGUUCUGCUGAAUCCACCCCAGCUGCUGAAGAAAAGAAGGAAGAAGUUACUGAAGAAGUUACCGAAGAAGUUACUGAAGAAGUUAAAUAG